CCCACCAUGCGGGGCGACCUCUGGCUCCUAGUGCUGGUGCUCAGGGGGGCUGCCCGGGCGCUGAGCCCCCAGCCCGGAGCAGGUCACAGUGAAGGUCAAGGCUCUGGAUGGGCUGCCAAGGAGACCACGCAGGGCUGGAAUCAGAGAACCCGAGAGAGCCCUGCACAGGUGUCAGGGUCACACAGGACCCAGCUGAGCCAGGACCUGGGUGGGGGUACCCUGGCCAUCGACACACUGCCAGACAACAGCACCAGGGUGGUGGAGGACAACCACAGCUACUAUGUGUCCCGUCUGUACGGCCCCAGCGAGCCCCGCAGCCGGGAACUGUGGGUAGAUGUGGCCCAGGCGAAUCGGAGCCACGUGAAGGUCCACAGAGUCCUCUCCAACACCCACCGGCAGGCGUCCAGAGUCGUCUUGUCCUUCGACUUCCCUUUCUAUGGGCAUCCUCUGCGGCAGAUCACCAUAGCAACUGGAGGCUUCAUCUUCGUGGGAGAUGUGACCCACCGCAUGCUCACAGCCACGCAGUACGUGGCCCCCCUGAUGGCCAACUUCAACCCCGGCUACUCCGACAAUUCCACAGUUGCCUACUUGGACAACGGGACGGUCUUUGUGGUGCAGUGGGACCACGUCUACCUCCAAGGCCGGGAGGACCAGGGCAGCUUCACCUUCCAGGCAGCCCUGCACCGGGACGGCCGCAUCGUCUUCGGCUACAAAGAGAUCCCCAUGUCUGUCCUGGAAAUCAGCUCCUCCCAGCACCCCGUGAAAGCGGGCCUGUCAGACGCCUUCAUGAUCCUCAACCCGGCCCCUGGCGUGCCAGAAUCUCAGCGAAGAACCAUCUUUGAAUACCACCGCGUGGAGCUGGACCCCAGCCAGAUCACCAGCACGUCGGCCGUGGAGUUCACCCCGUUGCCCACCUGCCUGCAGCAUCGGAGCUGUGACGCCUGCAUGGCCUCGGACCUGAACUUCAACUGCAGCUGGUGCCACGUCCUGCAGAGAUGCUCCAGUGGCUUUGACCGCUACCGCCAGGAGUGGCUGGCCUACGGCUGUGCCCAGGAGGCCGAGGGCAGGACGUGCGAGGACUUCCAGGACGAGGAUCACUACUCGGCUUCCCCCGCCGGCUCCUCCAGCCCCUUGGAUGGAGACCUCACCACCACCACCUCCUCCCUGUUUGUGGACAGCCUCACUCCAGAAGAUGACACCAAGCUGAAUCCCUACGCAGCAGGAGACGGCCUCCAGAACAACCUGUCCCCCAAGUCACAGGACACCCUGGUGCCCCUGGGCACCACCGUGGGCGUGGCGCUGGCAGUCCUCCUCGUGGCAGCCAUCAUCCUGGCUGGGAUUUACAUCAGUGGUCAUCCCACCUCCAAUGCUGCCCUGUUCUUCAUCCAGCGGAGACCGCACCACUGGCCGGCCAUGAAGUUCCGCAACCACCCCAACCACUCCGCCUACACGGAGGUGGAGCCUGCAGGCCACGAGAAGGAGGGCUUCGUGGAGGCAGAGCAGUGCUGAGAGCCCCAGCAAACAGGACCCAAGAACUCCCACAAAGACAGGUCAAAGCAGAGAGGAGCGUGACACCCGCCUCCUCCCAGCGUGCCCUGGGCUGGGGAGAGGCAGCGGCUCCUGGUGCCCGAGCUGCGGUUUGCUGAGGGCACAGAAAAGCCACCGUGUGGGUUUUUAAAGGGACAAUAACCCAAGUUCACCCCGUCUGAUGCUCGGGUCCUUCCCUCUGGGUCUGUCAGUGGUCACUGUCCCAGAGCCCCUCCAACCUGGAUGCCCUGCCCCAGCUACCUGGAGCCCCUGUGUCUGACAGCUACCAGAAGCCUAGACUGGGGCUAAUGCAUUCCAGGGCCCAUAGACUCAAGAGCUGGUCCUCCUGGCUAUGGAGUCGUGACCUUGGCCCCAGCUUCCAAGGCUCUGAAACCCUGAGAAGGAUUUCGCCCCGGCUGCCACACACGGGGCUGGCUGCCCUCAGCCCUGGUGUCCAUCCCCAGAGGAAAGCAUUCGUGGGUCGGGAUUGCACGCUCGGGCUUGGCUCCCUUCCCUCACCCCUUCCGUCUCAGAUGUGUGUGGCCUGUGCCAGCCCGGGGCCUGGCGCGCUGUGCUGUGCCGGCCGCGUGCGCCUCACUGGAUGACACAUCCGGGCCCGUGGUACUCCUUGGCCUGUCCUGCUGGCAGUGGCGGGAAGCACGCCCAACGGCAGGCUUGCCUGAUUUCUAUUUCUCCUCUCUGAACUAGACUUUUGUGGCUACUGAAGGCAAACAGGGUGGCGAGAGAGCCCUGGGAGAUGUCCCCAGCAGGGCACUUGGCUGAGUGCUGAUGAGAGGCGAAGCCGCCAGCAGGACGGGGACAGAGGGAGCUGGCGCGGGAGGGCGGGCUUUCCACGCACAACCUUGACCAAGAAGCGGCCUCCAUCUCCCCAGCUCCGCAGAAAGUCCUGGAGGCGGGGAGUUCAGGCUCCCAGGCUCGCCCUGGUUUGGAGGGAGUCUCGUCCCAGCAAUGAAUGCUUCUGAGGGCAUUCGUCACUCAUAUCUAUAGCUCACCCUCGUUCAGAGCAAAAAAUAUCAGCAGAAAUAAAGGUUAGAUCACAGUCCUCACCAAGUCACAGCCUUUUGUGCGUGUCACAGAGGACACAGCAGAAGGAAGACAGAAGUCUGUGUCCAGGGCGGUCUGCUGUGUGUGGUGGGGGCGGGGGGUAGGCAGCCCGCCCAGCCAGAUGUGGCCGGACGCCAGGCGCAGGGCU